ACCAUCUUCCUUCAGCCUCCUCAACCAUUUCAAUUCCUAACAAUGGGCUGUUGCAUUAGCAAAUGCAAACCCAAGAAGCUUCCCAUUCCAGAUUUCAAACAUGUUCAAGUUCAAGACAAGCUUGUUAUCUCUCAAGCUCCAAAAUUAACCAUUAGAACUCCUAUCAUUCCUCCUUCUAACAAAAUAUCACCAAUAUCUCCUCCUUCUCCUACCACUUCUUCAUCUUCUUUUUCUUCUUUCACUUGUACUAGCAAUUCAAACACUUCUGUUUCCUCUUCGCUUUCCACUGGAUCUUCCUCCAUCUUGACCCCAAAAGAUCGAUCUUUCUCUAAUGAGUUUUUGUGGUCUUGCGUUAAGGAAAACCCCCACGUAAUCCGUAUCAAUUCAAUCAAGGAAUACUCUCAGUUGCUUGUUCCUCCUAAUGUAUAUGCUCAAAAGUUGGAGUCUCCUGUGUCUGCAGCAUCGAAGCAGCCAAUCCUUCAACGGGUGCAUGGAUCAUCUACACCCCAGAAAAGAGUUCGUUCAAAUUCACCAACUCCAUUAAAUAGGCAAAAGAGCUUUCGCAGAGAAUCGGAGAGAAUUAACUCUUCAUAUUACCCACCAGUUAGAGCUCUGAGGUCACCAUCUCCGAGCAGGCGAUUCAAUGGAGAGAGUGGCAGGGGAGUUUCGACGGGCACGCCAAAGGAAAAUAUUUCAAAACGCACGGUUGCUUCCAAGGUAAAUGCAGCAGCUAAUUCUGUUUCUUCAUCUCUGAGAAAGGAGAAUUUGAGACAAAUGAGUCCGUAUAUCAACUCAAAUCAUCAUCUUGGUUCUCGUUUGAAGAACAGAGAGACUUGCAUUCAUCGCAUAAGUUCUAAAAUAGAUGAAGUUGCAGUUGAAGAAGCGCUAGCUAGCCAUGACAGUGACGCUCCCAUGGAGGAUAUUGAUAAUCCUCUUAUUUCGUUGGAUUGUUUCAUAUUUCUGUAAAAAAGAGAAAGCGUGCAUGCAUUUUUAAUAGGUUGUGUUGUGCAUAUACAUAUAAUUAAGAUUUUUGGUUCUUGGGUUUUUCUUCA